AGUUUGUCAAGUCCAUUAAUUCCAGUAGACCCAGGAAGGAAGCAAGAUGAGGACAGAAGGGCAGUCUACUUUAAUGCGAACGACGGCAAGGUACCUGCAGGACCGAAGGAUGAAUGCAAGAAAUUCUUUGAUGGAACGGACAACCAGCUCGAAAUGCACCUGGCAUAUUGGACAAUUCCAAAAACUGUGCACUCCUCCGAACAAGAAUGUCGUGGUGUGAACCCAGUUGUCCGUCAAGUUCGCUGGUAGUUCCAAAUAAAAGUUCGAACGGAUGAUGUCGUUCCUGAGGGGUGCGACGUGAUCGAAAUCCAUCCGGUAUCCAUGGACGACCUGGCUGUGGCCAGUGCAGUGAUAUAAGACAUGCACAGGCCAUCGUCCCCUCGCACCCGUCAAAUGGACGACGCAGCCCAGUUCAAUGCUUGCGUUUACAAUCUCAUCCAGUUGAUUCCCCCGCAGAAGGUUACAUCGUGCGGGCAUAUCGCUAAAUUGGCCGGUACACCUCGUCAAGCCAGACGUGUCAACCAACUGGUCAAACUACUCGGUCAAACAUCCUCAAGUGCACCCUGGCACCGGGUCAUAUCCACCUCUGGCAUCGUAGCCGACCACAGCGGACUCGGUGCACUCCAGAAACGUGCUCUCGAAGGCGAGGGGGUGUCUGUCCGCACUGGCAUACUUGGAGAGUCGCGCAUCGAGUUCAAUAGAUGGGGAUGGUUCCCUGAUCAUGCUGUCAUUCCGUCUGAGGUCGAGUCCGUUGACGAGUGGGGGGCGUGAGGCUUAUCACAAUAGUGU